AAACAACAAAUUACCAACACUUAUGGCAGCUACCAUUUCCGGAAAUCAAAAAACCUCAUUGCGCAGACAUGCACCUGAACUGGAUUUCUCGUACUUGCCAUUGUUCAAACAUUUAAUUACAUGAGCCUUAGAGUUUCACUGUGUUUUCUGCAGUGUUGGUACACUUUCUGUGUACAACCAUGAGCUCGAGAUUUGAACAGUUCCUGAAAUUUUGCAAGGGUCAUUCUCCAAACACAGAAAUCCUGAAGCUGGCUAACAAGCGUUUCCUUGAGGCUGACAAGUACUACAUUGACUCUGCAGAAUUUCUCAGCCUUGUUGAUUCCACAGAAAAUAAAAUUGCCACUGAAUCGGCAAGGUUUUUUGUCCAUCUUCGGGAUUUUCUGACAGUGUUAAAGGAUCAUAAAGCUGAAAAUGUUGAGUGUUCAGUCCAUCAUUCUGGUUUGGAUGGUGGUAAUAGUGACAGUGACACUGCAUUUGUGUCCACCAUUGGUUUGAGUAACAGCCGAAUUAGAUCUAAUUCACGGGAUAGUGAAGACAGCAGGAAGCAUGAUGUUAUCUGUAAGGUGGAUUUUGGGAAAAAGAGGAAUAAAUGUGAUGAAAGUGACAGUGAUACCUCCCUCCAUCAAGAAGUUAAGAGGAAAAGAUUUGAGAAGAAGAAAAGAUUAGAGAAAGAUAAAAGAGAAGCUAGUGAAGAUGCUGAUAAUGAUAGUUACGUAGCAGAAGAGUUUGGAAACAAUGAUGUUGAGUAUGAAAGUGAUGUGGAGGAAGAGUAUGGAAACACAUGGGUUGACACAGAAAAACCUUGGAGGCAAAAUUCUAAAACAUAUACUCAUGCAAUUUCAAGAAAAAAUGAAAUAACCAUAUUGAGAAAAAAAUGUAAUGAAGAUUUGGAGGAAAAUAUUUCAAAUUAUUCAUUUGAUGCAGAUGUUGAUGAAGUUGAUUCACUUGAUGCAGAUGUUGAUAAAGUUCAUUCAGUUGAUGCAGAUGAUAAAGUUGAUUCAGUUGAUGUAGAUGUUGAUAAAGUUGAUUCACUUGAUGAAGAUGUUGAUACGGUUGAUUCCGUUAAUUCAUGUGUUGAUAAAGAUCAUUUUAAUGUUGAUGAGUGUCAAGGUUUACAAAAUAACACAAAUGAUGAUGUAAUUGGGGGACAAACAUUUGCAGUUGAGCAUACAAAUGACAGUAAUGAUUGUGAAGGUGAUGCAGAUGUUCACAGCAUGAAACGAAAUGUUACUGAAAGUGAAGACAAAGAAGUUAUUGACUGUGAUCAAUUAACAUCAAGUCCAGUGUCCCUGCCAUCAUUAAGUCAAGGCUCAUUGUGUUCAGAGAAUGAUAUCUCAGACAAACUACCUCCAUCACAUAUUGAACCACGUUUGUCCUUAAAAUGUGUUGAAAAUCCUGACAUAAUUACUGAUGAACAUGCUUUUUUAUCUGAUAGUAACAAUAUUCCUGGAACAGACAAUGAAAGUGUUUGUUCCGGGAUCUCCAUAAAUUCUAUCAAAGAGAAUUCAUCUUGUUUGGUAGAACUUGAGUUACAAGAAAAAGAUGAGGAAGCAGAAAAUGUAUAUAGUUCAUCAGAUGACGUGUCUUUAAGCAAUCAUUGUAAAACUUCAAAGAAAGAUGUUUUUGAAACUGUUACAUUAGAAGAGGAACUUGAACCUGAAGAAACUCAAACAAGUGAAAAUUCUAAAGCUCAAAAUGUGGACACAUUGUCUGAAGAGUCUCCUAGUGAAAGUAACAUAGAAAAAGUUUAUGAAGAAACAGAUAUAGUGAUUAUUGAUAGUCAGAGAAAUUACUGUUAUGUCAUGGAUCAGGUUAACAAAGAUCAGAAUAAAAUGGCUGUGAAAAUUGACAUGAAAAACAAUUCGGAAUCAGAGCAGAUUUCUUACCAUUCUGAAAACCAAGACAUAAUAAUGCGUUCUGAAGAAAUUGGCGGGGAAAACAGAAAAGGAGAUGAUAGAUUAAAAGAAAAUAACAAAGGAAGUAACAUAGAAGAAAGAUUUGAAGUUCUUGAAUCAGAUGAAGAAAAUAAAUCUAUUGUUAUAAUUGAAACUCCAAAAGCACUCUCUGACAAGGCUGAAGAUGUUAUUAAGACAAACAAUGCAAAGUGUGAGAAAGAAAAUCAUAAGGACAAUAGUGAUGAUGAGAUUGUUAUUGCAAGUGUCGAAAAGGAAGUUAUGUCUAUAAAAAUUAAAAAAUCAUCUGCUAGGACGGGUCAUUGGAAAGUUUUAGACAAAGAUCCCUGCACAAGUAUGCCUAAAUCAGCCAAAAAAAGCCUAAAUUUCUAUGCUUCAUCAUCUGAUGAGGAAGAUCCUGAUUAUGCUGAAAAGGCAAGAAAGUUUCGUGAAAAACAAAAGAAAAGGUAUAAAAUAAGUGUUGGAAAGAAGAAUAAAAGAACAGGUGAGGCAGAAGCGUCAAUUAAAAAGGGAGGUCCUGUCAAAAGACUUGGUUUUGGAUUAUUUAAGCAAAGAAAAAAGGAACAUGACCUUAUUCCUUUUGGAAAAGCACAACAUAAUAAUGAAAAAAGGUGUUUGCCAAAGUCACCCAAAAAGUCUCCUGCAAAAAGCCCAGCCCUCUUAAUUUUGACUGAUAGUGACUCAGAUGAAUUCAAGGAAAUGAAUGUAGAACAGCUAAAGAAGAAAGUUGAAAAAAGGCAAGAUCAGGAACUAAAAGAAAUGUUUAAUAUUGUAAAUGAAGCUGUAAUACUAGUGGAGAAAAUAGCAAUUACAGUUGAAGUGAAAAAAGAAAUAGAUGUAGAUGAAGCUCCUUUGACUGCAGAAGACUUAGAUGUCAAAGAAGACCAAGACGAAAAAUGUAAUUUCAGCUAUUCAAUCAAUACGUCUGAUAAUAAAGAGGAUGAUGGUAUUGACGAUAGUAGACCUUGCAAGGAAAAAAAAAGAGCCAAACUAUUUACACUUAGUAAAAGUCCCAAUUCAAACAAAUCAGUACCAAAAGCAUUUGUUGAAGAUGAUAAAGCUUGGGCCAGUAAUGAAGAGUCCGAUGAAGAUGAAAAGGUUCAAGAUACAAAUGAUGAAGGUGAUCAAGAGCAUUUGACAAUGAAAGAUAAAAAUGUUGGAAAAACUAACGAUGAUGAACAACCUGGUCCAAGUGAUGGUAAUAAAGAACAAGUAAAGAAAGGGUCUUCCAGGCAGAUUCGAAAGCUUGAAGCCCUCUUACAGAAUAUUCGAGACGAGAUAGAGCGGGUUCGGUCUCGAGAGCUCUCCUUGGAUGAUCUUGAGAGUGAAGUGUCAGAUUACCUGCUGGAAGACAAACUGCAGCAUAAAUUUGUCAAGGUGUACAACAAGCUGUGUGAACUCCACGAGGCCAAGUCAUACACAGGCAGACCCACAGAAAAGUACUUCAGAUACCAGGGGACACGGUAUGAAGCUGUCAACCGCAAGAUCGAAAGAUUCGUGAAUAAACGGAAGGUUUUCCCGGACUACCAUGACAUCCGGAACCUUAUUGUGAAUGUUAACAAGGACAAAAGACUAAACCUCAGGGCUCGAGACAUAGAUGAUCUUGCACGGGAGGCGUUCACCGAUGUUGGGAACCAGCUUCAGAAACGCCGCCAGAAGGACUUUGUGUCGUCUUUACAUUUUCCUGGGUCAGAGGUUAACCCAUAUAGUACGUAUGACGAUCCAGCCUUGUUUGAUCCCGACCUGAAGAAGAAACUAGACCACAAUAAGAAGACUGGGAAAACCAAAAUGGACCAGGUUGUGGAGAAAUAUGCCCAUCUACAAUAUGAGGUUGGGGAUAAGACUGAUAAUGAAGGUGAUGAUGAUGAGGAGGAAUCGGAGGGUGUGGUUGACCUAGAAGAACCCAUCCCGGGGGUAGACUGCUCCGAUAACGAGGGCGAUAGCAGGGAUGGGCUCCCUUUUGUGCCUGGAAUUUCUUCAGAAUCUACUAUGAAGCAUGUUGAUCAAGAUCAGCAGAAAUAUGGGAUAGAUAUCUGCAUUACUGCUGGCAAGGGUGUGAAGCAAGGAAGUCCAUCUUUAGAAAUAGAAAAACAGAAGCCAGAGAAUUUAGAGAGUGGAGAGACCAAGUCCUUCCGAAAGCAGUCGCAAAAGUCCACAGUUGAAGAUAAGCAAAUGGAUUAUUUCAGUGAGAAUCUGGGACUGAAGAGAAAAGCUGAUGUGCUGGAACUGAAUCUCGAUGAAGAUAAUGAUGCCAAGAGAGUGAAGCUUGAUAUGGUGGGUGGGACUCUAUCUGAACUUGACAUUGGAAAAAACCCAGAUGUUGUUGAUGAUGCUAAGAUUGCCGCUGAAAAAAGUAAAAGCUCAAUUUUGGAAAUUCAUAGUGAAGAUGAAGGUGACAGCGAAGAUUUUGCAUUUGAGGUCAUUGAAAACAGUGAUUGUGAAGCGAUUGAAAGUUAUGAAGACACUAGUUCACCUGUAAAUGAAAAGAAUGUCCAAAAAGAAAGUGAUUGGACUGAUAUUAUCAAAGCAACAUCGUCAAUGGCCAGUGAGGAUACACACGAGGAAAGCAAUUCUGAAAAUAUCAAAAAAGAAAAGGAUUUUCUUAGAUUAGAAAGUGUGGAAAUAUUGCCUGAUAAAAUUGAUUUGCAUGACAACAUUGGUAAUUCUUGUGAGCUGAACAAAGUUGACAUUGAUCUCAAAGGUGACAAAAACCAAGUGCACGUAGAAAAAACUGUUAUUCUACAGACAGAGGACAUGAAAACAAAUAUGGAUAAAACCUCAGAUGACACCGGUGCAGUUGAAAGUGUUACAAAAGGGUCUAAAAUUGAAAAUAAGAGUAAAGCAUCUCAUGGAAUUGUGUCUGAGAAAGAAAGUGCAAUACCAAAAUCCAAGCCAGAGGUAAAUAUUAUUGGUGAAAUUGAUUUAACAGAUGACACUGAUGUUAUUGCAAUACCUUCAGAUGAUGAAGACACCAUUCAUAAUACUAACAAUCCUAUGAAGAUCAAAAUUGUUUCAGCAUGUUCUAUUAAGAGUAAAAAUAUUGCAGGGGUAAAAGAUGCAACGAACGUAAUGACCAAAAGUAAAAUGAAAACACCAAGGAAGUCAAGAAGUGUGAAUGUGCCACAGUUUCAAAAUUCAGCAAUUGAAAACUUGAAUAGAGUCAUGAAGGAAAAGUGGCAUGAAGAACCUUGCAAACAAACACUUAAUAAAGCAUUAGUAAAUAGUAAACAUUAUAUAAAUUCGUCUAGUAAUGUCUCAAACCAAUUGACGAAACUACAAAACAAUAUGAGUAAAUCGCCAAACUUGGCCUUCCAAUGCCAGGGGUCAAAAUUUAAAGGUCAGGUUCAAACAUCUACACCAGAAGGUCUGCAUACAACUGUCCCAGUUCAUAAUUUGCUUCCUUCUGGUUGUAAUGUUUCACCUGUUAAAGGCCAGAUUUCAAGUCUUCAGAGUCAAAUAUUGGCUCUAAAUGGUCAAAAAUCACCAUUUCCGAUCUCAAAAUUCCAAGGUCAAAGGUUUCCUUUGAAAGGUCAAGGGUUGCCACUAAAAGAUCAAGCCUCACCGUUGAUACAUAUUAGGCCUGUUGGAUCACAGGUGUCAACAACGAAAUUUUCGUGGGAAACAACUAAAAUCAGCCCAUCUGCUGCGUCUACCAUGAUUGCAAAUACGAUAAUGCAGAAAAACGCGAGCCUUAAGUCCAGACAUCAAGUCGAUAUCGAGAACAAAGCUGCCUUGUGCAAGAAAUCCAAUUUGAGCGCUCCUCUGCAGGGAGCAAAGCCACUAGGCUUUACUGGUAACCCAGUAAAUACGUUUAGUGCUAACCAGAAAGUGACUCCUCAAUUGGGUGUAAGAGGCAGUGUUCCUCAUGGCAUGGGCAGGCAACAAAACAGAAACGGAAUGAAGACUGCAACCAACUCAGUGGUUGGAAGUGGUAACAAUCACGGGUCGCGUGUUUUAGCUCCAGCCCAGCAACCAUUCAAAACAGCAAAACCUGUUUCAAAAUUCAACAUUCCACUGAAACCGUUGGUGCCUGAUGUUAUAUUGAUAGAUGCUGAUGACAAAUCUGUGACAAUAGAUGCACUGGAUGACGUUGUUGUUGUCUCGGACUCGUCAAUCAGCAAUUCUAAUUUGGAAGAACCAUCUGUAACCAAUUGCAAAAGAGCAAUAAACUCAAAAUCAGACAGCAUUAAAUUGAAAAAGAAUAACAGUGGGAAAGACACUGUUGUGCAAUUAAAGGUAGAUGAUAUAAACGCAUCUGACCAAUCAAAAAAAGGAACUGAAAAUGAGACCCAGGGGUCUUGCCAGACAGAAAGAGAUUCUCUGGAAAGUGUUGCGGAUAUAUAUAAUGAUAUAAAAAGUCCACCUGUACAGGAGACUGACUUUGUUGUUGAGCUUAACGUUGAAUUUGACGAAUCGGAUUCGGACAGUGAGAGUUUAUUAGAUAAAGAAAUAAAGACAGAAAAUGUAGAUAAUGAAACUCUGGGAGGUAUCUCUUCAGUUUGUUUGGAGCAGACAAAAUAUGUUAAUGAUGAGAGAACUACACAAGUUUUAAAUCAUCAAUCAGUGAAAUGUUUAGAUGUUGAUAUUUCAAAAAAAGUACGCUUUACGUCACCGAGUGACAAACUGUGUGAUAACUCUACAAAUUAUUAUGGGAUUGAAGAAAUAUCGAGUACUUCAUAUGACAUAGACCAUGUUCGCCAAAGAAAAAUGAAGUCUGACAAAAUAUUACAGAAUGUUAAAGUUAAGAAAACUAUUGACACAAAAAUAAAAUCACAACCUUUGCAAACCUUCACAGCAAACAAAGGUUCACCAAUUUCUAAGAAAGUCAAAAGGUCGAAUUGCUUGUGGAGCGAUGAUGAAAAUGCAGGUAUUAUUGAAAGUUACCAAGAACCGGACUCGACUCCGUAUUCUUUGGAAGAAAACACAAUCUCGUCCAGUGGUCAUGUGAUUGUUCUCUCGGAUUCUGAGUGAUUAAAAUGUAAUGCCAACCUUAGCACGUAUUCGCCAAACUAAUCUUUUGUAUUGAAAUUGAGGUCAUCAGGUCAAUGUCGUUGGGGAUUGAAUGAUGCAAUUUGUGUUCUGGUAAUAUAUUGAGCAUUCGUGGGAUCAUAUUUAAUAGUAUAAUAAAAUGUUUCACUUAUGUAACUCCACAUGAAUACAAAACAUUAUUUAUUAAGGUUCGUUAGUAUGGCAUUAGCAUCUUUCAUAGCGUCAUAAUUAAAAAAACGUGUAGUUUUACAAUCUUGAGUAAGUAUAUUCAGUACAUAUAAUUCUUCUUACGUGUUGUUGAACAUUUGGAAUUUUUUAGGGAACCAUUAGUUUUAAAUGGAUUUGUUUGUAUUCAAAGAAACAUUGUCAUAACUUUAAAAACGUAUGUGUACAUCAUUAUAUAAUUAUGUAACCAAACAAGCGAAUAAGAAAUGAUUACCAAUGACCAUGAUGAAAAUUAGAGUAAGGUGUCGUUUAUCAUAAUUAUGAGUAAAAGAACAAGCGUCAGUAUCUCAUUUCAUUGGUAACUCGUUUGUAAAACCAUUGCUAUUUUAAAUGAUAUUUUUAUGAUAUUUUCAAAAAUAAGAAAAUUUACACAGGUCCCUGUAAUAGAAAUCCUAUUUGCAUGGGUCUGCACAUGCUAGCGCUUCCAGUUUAUUAAAAUAAUGUUAAAUAAUGUUAGCAAGUUAAAUGAUGCUUAUAUACAAUUUUACAAUUCUUUUCAUGUUUCAUUUGUUUUCACCUAGUUCAAAUUGACGAUAAAAAUUGUGAAUAAAUUGAAACCUAUGUCUAUUAUCCGCUCACCUUACAAAGCAGGUUUUUGUUCGGCAGGAUUUUGUGGAAAUCGUGUUUAUUAUGUGUUAUUUUUGCAGCAUUUUAUUUGUAAUUUGUACAAAGUAAUGGUGCGUUUUUUGUACCUGAACAAUGCUUGUCAUUUGAAAAUACGGGGCAUGUCUUUCAAACUGUAAGACUUAUGUGUAAUGUAUAUAUGAGGGCAUCUUUUAUAAAUACCGCUAUUUUUGGAAUUGUGAAUAAAAUACCUGUGUCAGUACUAUAUAUUUUAGUAUGAUACGUGUCACCUCUCAGUAUAUUAUGUUUUUGUUUGAGUGAAUGAUUCUGUUGUGUUAUUGCAUUGUUUUGAAAUUCAAAGCAUGAUUUAUUCAAAAUCGUGGUUCAUGUACGGGAACACUACUGGUUGGUUAUUUAGUGUAAUUUAUUCAGUUCCAAUUUGUUGCAUUUUAUUUAUCAUACCCGAACGCUGAUAUCGACCUGAAACAGAGGGGCCUGAUAUAAGUGUUUAUCUGGUCAGUAGUUGUUUAUUACAGCCAAUGUUUGGAGACACCCUACAUUACUCGGAAUCAACUAUGAAUUCAUCGUUUUCGUUAGAAAUAAAUCUGAUUCAGCAAAAAAUAAUUUUAUAACAACCUUUCGAGUUUCAUGCAUUGUUCUUUAUUCUUUAAAUACUAGUUUGAAUACAUAAUUAUUGUCUUAAUCUUGCACAAUUCUUAUAUUAACUAGACAUGAUCAAUUGCAACUUCCGUGCAGGAGCUUUGCGACAGAAUUCUGUCAGUGACCAGUUCUUUUAAGCAAUUGCAUUAGUAUCCUUCGGGCACAUUGCUGAUCGAUAAUUAAUUGACAACAAAGCCAACGAUUCCAUCGGAAAUAAUAUUGUUUUUAGCGGCAUGAGUGAUUUUGAAAGAAAUUUGGAUAUGUCUAUGUUAUAUCUGUAUGUAUAUUAUCGUAUGACAAUAAACAAUACAAUACAUAU